UUUACAUGACAGUCACUUCCUUUUACUAACCACAAAAUAAAGCUUUACUAGUUCACCUAACUUCUUUCAAGAUAUUUGAGUUGCAUUGCCCGUGACAAGCCUCAUACUGAAGGAGGCAAGAACCAAAUAAAAGGACAUCAUGGAAUCUAGGCCGAUCACAGAUGAGGAAAUGGAGGAGCUCAGGGAGGCUUUUGGCAAGAUUGAUACUGAUGGAAAUGGUUUCAUAAGCCCUAGUGAAUUAAAUAAUUUGUUCAAAGCUGCUAAUUUACCCCUUCCUGGGUACAGACUACGGGAGAUAACCCAAAGCCUUAUGGAAACAGGGGAUAAGAACAGGGAUGGCCAGAUCAGUUUUGAUGAAUUUCUCACAGUUAUUCAUGAACUAAAAAGUUCAGAUGUUGCCAAAACUUUCAGAAAGGCCAUAAACAAGAAAGAAGGUAUCUGUGCAAUUGGUGGCACAUCUGAGCAGUCCAGUGUGGGAACUCAACAUUCUUAUUCAGAAGAGGAAAAGUAUGCCUUUGUAAAUUGGAUUAAUAAGGCAUUAGAAAAAGAUCCAGACUGCAAGCAUGUCAUUCCCAUGAAUCCAGACACGGAUGACCUCUUCAAAGCAGUUGGUGAUGGGAUUGUCCUCUGUAAAAUGAUCAAUCUAUCAGUUCCAGACACAAUUGAUGAACGAGCCAUCAACAAAAAGAAGCUAACUCCUUUCACUAUCCAGGAAAAUUUAAAUUUAGCUCUGAACUCAGCAUCAGCCAUUGGGUGUCAUGUAGUCAACAUUGGUGCAGAAGACUUAAAGGAAGGGAAGCCAUACUUGGUGCUAGGACUUCUGUGGCAGGUUAUCAAGAUUGGGCUAUUUGCAGACAUUGAGCUGAGCAGAAAUGAAGCUUUGAUAGCCUUGUUACGGGAUGGAGAGAGCUUAGAGGAUCUUAUGAGGCUUUCUCCAGAAGAGCUUCUCCUGAGAUGGGCCAACUACCACCUGGAGAAUGCUGGAUGCAGCAAAAUUAAUAACUUCAGUUCAGAUAUCAAGGACUCCAAAGCUUAUUACAACUUGCUUAAUCAAGUUGCCCCCAAAGGCGAUGAAGAAGGAGUACCAGCUGUUGUCAUUGAUAUGAGUGGACUCAGGGAGAAAGAAGACCUAAAGAGAGCAGAGUGUAUGCUGGUACAGUCAGACAGACUGGGUUGUCGCCAAUUUGUGACAGCCACAGAUGUUGUACGUGGAAAUCCAAAGCUUAACUUGGCUUUUAUUGCAAACUUAUUUAACAAAUACCCUGCCCUGCAGAAGCCAGAAAACCAGGACAUUGACUGGAGCUCAAUUGAAGGUGAAACAAGAGAGGAAAGAACAUUCAGGAACUGGAUGAACUCACUUGGUGUAAAUCCCAGAGUUAAUCAUUUGUAUAGUGACUUGUCAGAUGCUCUAGUCAUAUUCCAGUUGUAUGAGAAAAUUAAGGUUCCUGUGGACUGGAACAGAGUAAAUAAACCACCUUACCCUAAGCUGGGAGAAAAAAUGAAAAAGCUGGAAAAUUGUAACUAUGCUGUGGAUCUGGGAAAAAACAAGGCCAAAUUUUCUCUAGUUGGAAUAGCUGGACAAGACUUGCAUGAGGGAAAUCGAACACUCACCCUGGCUUUGCUGUGGCAGCUAAUGAGAAGAUAUACACUGAAUAUCCUGGAAGACAUUGGAGGAGGACAGAAAGUUAAUGAUGACACAAUUAUAAGCUGGGUGAAUAAUACGCUCCAACAGGCUGGAAAGUCCUCCACCAUCUCUGGCUUCAAGGAUGGCAAAAUCAGCACCAGUAUGCCAGUAUUGGAUUUAAUUGAUGCUAUUCAGCCGGGAUCCAUUAACUAUGGCAUACUGAAAACAGAAGACUUAAAUGAUGAUGAAAAACUCAAUAAUGCUAAAUAUGCUAUAUCAAUGGCAAGGAAGAUUGGUGCAAGAGUUUAUGCCUUGCCCGAAGACUUGGUGGAAGUGAAGCCAAAGAUGGUGAUGACAGUGUUUGCUUGUCUCAUGGGGAGAGGACUUAAAGUUUAAAAAUCUCGUGACAUGCAUACUUCACUCACUAUAAGACAAUUUGCAUUCAAAACAAACCAAUUCUGAACAUUCCCUAUUAGGCUAGAGUUACAUAUAUGCAGCGAAACUGGGCAAAAAUUGCCACAACUCAUGCCAGAAGUGCAUCAGUUGGCAUCAGUUAUGCAUCAUCCGGCAUCCAUUGUUUGUGAUCGUCCAAACUGAGACACCGGAUGAUUGUGAACUGUCCCAUUCAGUUUCCCUCCAGUGCAUUUCCUGCAAUGCCAGAGGGAGAAAUAAACUGAUUAUGCAUAUAUGUUAAGAAAGCCUAAAACUUAGCUACUAUGUAUUAUUUGGUGACAAGUAUUACUAUAUGUACACAGGCCUAUGGUUAGAAAAAAACAGUAAUGCAUUUCUUAAGUAUUCUUAUUAACUAUUCCAACACUGAUUCUCAUUUUCUUUGUCACUAUCUAAUUCAAGAUAUAUAAUAAAAUCAUAUAUCGUU